CCAAACUAGGGGAGACAAACAAUGCACUGCAGUGAAGAGCUUCAUGUUAGUCAUUACAGUUGUGAACCUUUCCGAACAUAACUAGAUUCCUCUGGCUGCACCGCCUGAGCAAGACUACAGACUUCUUGACCUUUAAAAAAAAAGGCACAGUAAUGAAACAAAUUUCCAUUACAGUGAAAUCCAAAUUUGGAGCAUUUAUUAGUUCAGCUUUGGUUUGACAUUUGGGUCUCUGUCUAAUUUAGACAGCCUUUUGAUUGAAUGUUCCACAGCCAGUAAUGUCAAUAACUACAUCAUAACAUGUGUUAUUGUUAUGAGGGUUUACAUUGCUAAACAACAACUAACCAUAUUCUACUUCAUCAUAGACUGUUAACAGAGCUGUCCAUAUCCAGCCUAAAAUUGCCAUAGUAAGUACAAAUCAUCUACCUACACUAAUGCUAGAUUGACUGAAUGGUUGCUACUUGCUGACAGUUGCUUUGCUAACUCAUGUGAUGGUGGUGCCCCUGCCGGGACGAGGGUGUCCCCGACUGAGAUGUAUAUUUAGAGAUGUUAUCCUAACUACUCUCUCGGUCUCAGGUUUCACUCCAGAUAGCUCAGUGAAGGGUUGCUAAUUAGCCUACAGUCGGAGGACUGAAAGGUUGCGUCACACAGAAAGCUAACGCUGAGGUAACUCAACAUACCUUGAUUUUCACUGUCAGCUCCUCCUUACCAGUGAGUGCCUCGUCAUUGGUCAGGGACAGCAACCGGAUCUUAUCCAGGGCAUCGGAAGCAUUGGAGAUCAGUUCCCUCAGGAAGAUCUGGACACAGACAAAAAUAAACCUCACCAAAUGAUUAUUUCGAAAAUUGUGUAUCUUUUUAUUUGAUUAAAACUACAAUACAAAGACAAUACUAUUGGCCGCUCCCAUCAGUGGGUGCACUAGUCAGUUAGUGCGCUCGCCCCCACCUACCCAGAGGUGCCGGCAGGGCGAAGCACCACCCCCAAAUGACAUUCCUAACUGUCUCAAUCCUUAUUCAAUGACCUUAAGUUACCUCGCUGAACCUCUCAGGUUUAUGCUAUGAUAGAUAGCCAGAUGGACUCGUUGUGAUCUAAUUUCUAAUUAAACAAAUGACUGUAAAUAUUGCUUCAUGAGGGUUAAGGAAACUAAUAUUUAUUGUAUUGCCCUAUUAUUUCUAUAAGUGUAAAUGUUCAAAACGCCAUUGUCUACAUAGAUCAGGGCAGACACUAACCUCUUUGUUCUUGUACAGGGAGUUGAUGAUGAGCUUCAUCAUUUUGUUCACCUCAGCCUUGAAGACAUGCUUUUCUGAUUUUUUUCCCCCCAGAUUUCCUUUAUCUACGCUGCGUUCAGGCCAUCAAGCUGGAUAGCCUCCUCUUCCCUCUAAGAACAGAAGUGUAAUCAGAGAUCAGCACAAACAAGACGGGCACAGCAGGUCACAGCUACAACGGCCUGAGAUGGACCCACAGGAGGGAGGCCGGGGAGGGUCGUACUCCACCGCCCCUCCUGUUACUGCUCCUCUCCAGCCCGUGCUGUGCUCCGUACCUGGAGAUCUGUCUCAGGAGUGGCACUACCUGAGAACACAGGUGUUCCCCCACCUGGAUGCCCUCUGCCAGGCCAGAGGCACCUGCUUCAGACCAUUGGACACCCAGUGGGUUGACCGGGAGAGCCAUCGUCCCUCUGACCUCCCUGACAAUAGUACCUCCCUCUCCUCCCAGCAGUUGAAGAUCAGCCUAGACCUUAUCACCCGCUCCUCCUCCUUCCUCUGCCUCCUGGGCCACCGAUACGGCCCCUUCAGGCUGCAGCAGGACCCCACACCUCUCCCAGCUGCUGGUCCAGAACGAGAAGCCCUCUCUGUGGUGGAGAGGAACCUGCAUGUUGCAGCAGAUGGAGGCUACCCCUGGGUCCUCACAGGGAGGAACCAGAAGUGCUCCCUGACAGAGCUGCAGAUCACCCAGGCAGCCCUGAUGGGUGACACCAGACACUGCUUCUUCUACUUCAGGGACUACUCUUUCCAUGGGGAAGAGGAGGAUGAAGACAGGUACACAGAUAAAGGUCAGAGGUCGUUGCCGAGCGUGUUCUCCAAACUGACAGCGGAGGAGAGACACAGAGCCAGGGAACUGAAGAACAGGGUAGUGGACAGCCUGCAACCUGUAAGGUUCUUCAGAACGCUGCAGGAUCUGGGGGACCUAGUGAAGAGGGACUGGAAGUGGCUCAUGGAACAGCUCUAUGGAUCCCUGGACCUGCAGCCAACCUGUUCAGGCCUCCUGGACUCCCUUGAUAGAUGUUAUCACGAAGGUGCUGUCCAGGCUCUGUGUCGCUGGUUUGCCCCCUCCACCCAGACCACUGCUGUCACGGAGGCACUCAACACAUUUACUGCCUCUCUCACUCAUUCUGACACGUCUCAGAGUCUAGCAACCUCAAGGAAUUCAACCAUUAAGUUAACAGGCGACUAUGAAAAACAUGAUUCCGAGGGGUCUAUUUUUCUGCUCUGUGGUGAAAGGGGUUGUGGGAAGUCUUCACUGGCCGCCCGGUGGCUUCAGGAGUUCCGGAAGAAGAAUCCUAGAAUUCCGGCCAUCCCUCACUUCUGCGGAAUCAGCAGCUCCAGUGUGGACAUCAGAUCUGUACUGAGACGCAUCACCACUGAGCUACGCCUGGCCCAUUAUGGGCCCCAGGCUGAGUGGAGUGAGGGGUUGCAGCACCAUGUAAAGCCAGAUCAUGUUGUGGUUCAGGCCUUCUCUGCUGCGGCUGCUCUGGGACCCUGUGUUCUAGUUCUGGACGGACUAGACAGACUUACCGGGACCCUCGGGCUCUCAAUGCAGGAGGUGAAGGACCUAUGCUGGCUCCCUGACCCUCUGCCUCCCCAGUGUAAGAUCCUCAUCACAGCGACCUCCACAGACGUCACCUACCAGAGGCUGACCCUCCGCCCAGACGUUCACACCCUCCCUUGGCCCGGCCUGUCAGACCCCUGGGUCCGCCGCAGCGUCCUGCUCCAACACCUUACCCUGCCCUGCCAGGAGCCGCACAGGACCCUACUGCAAUUCAUCUUGGGAACCACUACCAGGCCGGGAAUGGGCCGCCUGCCGCUGUUCCUGGCGGUGGUGGCUAGUGAGCUGCAGACGUGCCGCAUCCUGAGGGGAAAGGAGGAGGAGGAGGAGUUGAUAGAGGAGUAUGUGGAAGUGGAUUCUAUGGCGGAGCUGUGGGCCAGGGUGAUUCAGCGCUGGAUCAAUGACUAUGGUGGGGUCAGUGAGGGUACGGCCAGUCAAGCCAAAGGAACGGGAGGGCCUAGUUCUCAGGUGUCCAAGAUAGAUCUCAGAGGCUGGGUAUGGGACACUCUAUGCCUGGUUCACCUCUCCCAUGCUGGGCUGACUGAGGAGCAGGUCCUGGUCCUGCUGGAGGUUCUUGGUUAUCCUGGGUCCAUACGGGUUCUACCUCUGGAGUGGGCCCGGUUCCGCACUGCUGCUGGGCCCUGGGUACAGGAGAGACCCAAUGGAACACUGAGCCUCACCCAUCAAUCAAUGGGCCAAGCCAUGGACCUCCUCCUGCUGAGGGUCCGUCCCGGUAAAGGUUCAGGGGGCUUGAGGAGGACCAGACGGGGCUACCAUCUCAGCCUGGCCCAGUUCUUCCAGAGGGAGGGCAGGGAGCUCUGUAGCUGGCCUCAGAUCCUGGAGGAGCUCCCCUGGCACCUGGAGCAGAGUGAGGCCUGGAGGGAGCUACACACCUUCUUCAUAGAUCCACAGACUGUAGAGCACCUCUCUACAACUUGGAGCCAGUCUCCUCAGCUGAGAAUGGAUGUUGUCAGGUACUGGACUGUCCUGAUCCUCAGAGGUUAUGACCCCAACACCUCGUACCAGAGCCUGCUGGGUAAGGGAAGCCAACCUCCUACUUUUAUCCAAUCAGGGCGAUGGGCAUUCCCUCCUGCUACACAUACAGAGCAGAGAGAGGUACACAACAACAUGGCCUUCAUGACUGAGUCCCAAAGUAACGGCAAAGAAGAUGGUUGUCAGUGGGAUCCAGGUGUGAAAGGGAGAGUGGAGUUGUUGGUCUCUGAGUUGCUGCUCUGUCUGAACAGGAAGGGGGAAGCAGAGCGGAUCCUACUGCAGGCUGAGAACACCCUCACACAGGCUGGUGAGCAGGACAGAGACGGGGAGAGUGUGAUGUUACUGCUGACAGUGCGGCAGACUUUGGCUGAGCUCUAUGUGGAGACGGACCAGCACAGAGAGGCAGAGACAUACUGUAGAUCAGCUCUGGUGACCGCCCAGACUCUCACCGCUACCUGCCUUGAGAGACAUGAGAGGAUCACUGUUGGAAAGGGUCAGUUGCUUUGUGUGCUCUGCCAGCUGCUGUUUGCAGACGUCCAAACCAUCGAGGCCUCUCAGAUACUCAGUGACAUCAUCAAUAUGGGACACCACAAACUCCACCUGUGUGCUCAGGCCACUGUAUCACUGCUCUGUGGGAUACACAGACUCAGCCUGCAAGACCCACAUGGUGCUGAGAAGCACCUCCAGGUUGCCUUGGAGACCAGAAGGCGCUGGUAUGGUAAAGAGCACCCUCUAGUGGUGGAGGUGGAGGAAUGCCUGGCAGACAUCUUGGCCGACACCUGCGCUGACACAGCAGGGUUGAGGCAGAGGCUAGCAGUGGAGCUGUAUCGACACACGGUGCACGUCAAAGACCAGGACAUGAAGCUUUGUUCCCCCGCAUCGCCGUGUCUUCAGGCAAAGGGAUGCAGCCUCGCAGGCACCUUGGUCAAACUUGGCAGGCAGAUAUUUCAUGGCUCCGGUAAGACAGAGAGUAGAGAGGCUGUUGAACUGCUGCAGAGAGCUCUGGACCUGUAUAUCUACUUCCUGGGGUCUGAUCACACACUGACCAGGGACUUACAACAGGUUUUAAACACAGAAUCCAGGAGACCUCUGACCCCUCAGGUCCCCAGGUCCAGACCCCUCUCCCACCUCUCCACUAGGAGACUAAGCAGUGGGACCAGACCCAAUACAGCUGCACCCCUCCACUCCCACCUGGCCUGGUACAGGGGCACCACACACACCCCUCUGGACCCUUCCGUAAACAGAUCCCUGUCAGCCCCAUCCAACAAGUCCCGCAAUACACAGCCAGAAUUGAAACCAGAACCAGUGGAGUACCAGAACCACAACAACAGACAGAACCGACGGUCUUCUUCUCCCAGGACCUGGUCUGCCUUCCAGACCACAGUGUUCGGGCCACAGAGUGACAUCAGAAAUCUGAUCUCAGAACUCAAACCCAGUUCUGCUUCAGAACCGGGCUUUCCUUCCAUAGACAGGACCCGGGUGCUGCAUAGGGCAGGCUGGUGCCACCUACCAGGCAGGUACGUUCUAGAGGAACGGACAGUAACAGCGUUGAACAGAGAGAUUGGAUACCCUUUGCACACACAGAGAUGCACACCUCUGGUCAGACAGACAGGCCAGGGACAGGGAGGAGAACAGAGCUGGAGAGACAGAGUGUCUUAUUCUGCCAGGAAGCAAUAGAGAGAAGAGAAAGAUCUAAAGAAGACUGCUCUCAUGGUGACCACUGAACUGUUUGUGUUUAAUCUUUUACCACUUUUGAUACCAAUCAGCUAUUUUCUUUUCAAUAUUGAAAUUUGUCAAAAUUACAUUUUUUCCAUAUGAAUUAAAAUAUAAUUUUUGCAUGUUUAAAUGGAGUGAAAUGGCUCCUAUUUUGUAUAGAAAAUAAAUGAUUUGACUUCACUUCAUGUUGUCAAAUGAAUCAAUCCUUUUUAGUUUUCUGUAGGGUUGCAUCUAAAUAUUGAUCAAAUGUUUUGUAAGAUGGUUUAGCUUCUCAUCCUGUUGUGCAACAACGUUGACCUUUUCUCUCAGAAGGCAAUACUUAUAGUAUUUCUAGGACCCAAAAGUGGGUGAUGUAAUCAACCAUUGUAAGCACUAGUAAACGAUGUGAGUGAAAGCAUUAAUUGAGCAACAUGUUACAGAUGCUGUGAAGUAGGACAACGCCGGUUUGGACCUUUCCAUGUAAUGUAGAGUUUGGGUCAUGAGUUCAAAGGUGUGUGUUUGUGUAGAAUUGAGUGUGUGUGUGUCACCUUUAAUAGGGGAGGGCGGGCUCGUGGUAGUGGCUGAAGCGGAAUUAGUGGAGUGGUCUCAAAUACAUCAAUACGAUCGGAAUGCUGCGGGCAGGCAGCGGGGUAACUGACCAAUAGGAACCCUACAGGUGUUGUGCUGAAAAUCUCCCCCCCCUUCGGGUGAAUGCGUACAAACUCAAUUCUUCAUUGCUGCGACUUGCUUCCUAGUUGAGAUUUCACUAGUUAUCCAGUUUUCAGUUUGCCUAUUUGUUUCAAGUGAAUUAGUCAAGAAAUAAAUCUCUGCCAAAAUUCAUCUCUCCCAUGUCUUAUUCGACUAGUAGUUGUUCUGAAAUGUUUAUUGCUUGCCUACAUUUUACUCCCUCCUCUGUUUAAUAUAACACACAUACAUUAAUUAUUCAUUUCAGUUGCCUAUCCUGACGUGAAGUUGGUUCUAUAGAAAGUAUUUGACUCUGAUGUGUGCACCAGAAAGUAUUUGACUCUAGUGACAAUUCUGGAAAUUAGAAGGGAGUUGGGGGGUUCGACAAGGCCAUUUUCUUGCCUGACGAAAUUCUCCCCCCCCCCCUUCUAUCUUGGGACUGCAAGGCCUGGCACACUUCAUAAUCAUUUUGGUAGCUCAUGUUGACCAGUAGUGUGUGCCACAGAAAGUACAAUUAGAGUAUAAAGAAGCAAACAUUUUAUUUUAGAAGCAUUUUGUAAUGUUUAAGCAAAUAAAGAUAAUACACAAAUAUUAUCAUACAAUAACACAUGUAAAUACAAGCGUAUCAUUACAAUCUUUAUAAUCCACAACUGAGAUGCAGAUAAUAUACAGUAUGUUUUUCAUAGAGGUGUGGCUACCUCACCUGUUCAAUGCUAGAGUAAAGCACAACAAACACUGUUUUUAUUAUAAACAUAGAGCAACUGUCACGCCCUGACCAUAGAGAGCCUUUUUAUUCUCUAUUUUGGUUAGGAAGGGGUGUGACUAGGGUGGGUAAUCUAGGUUGUUUUAUUUCUAU